AGCGUCCACGAUGCCGUGGGAAUGUAGGUGCCGGAAUGUAGGUGUUUCCCGCAGACAGGGUGUGGCGUGCGUGCCAGUCGGUCGCGUCCAAUGCCCGAGCCGACGCUGGACCCGGUGCUGCGGAAGCGCCUCUACAUACGCUACAAGCAACGUGCGUACCGGCAGAAGAUCGUGUCUGAGAUCGAGGCGCUCCAGGCCGAAGCCGCCGUUCUCGAGCGCCACGUGGCCCGCUUGACCGCCAAGAAGCAGCUCCUGAGUUGGAAGGACGUCGCGGUAGGCCUCAAAGACGACGUGGUCAUUGCGCGCCGCUCGACGACGACGCUCGAGGCCAAGCGCAAGGCGUAUCUGGAUGUAAUAUCCGCCAUGGCCAAAUGGAUUGCCAUUCAAAAAGGGAUCCAGACGCCGCCAUCGCUUCGACCUACGUGGCGCAACGUCACGCUCGUCAGCAACGCGACGUCGCGCAAAUUAGGCUUUGACUGGAUCACCAAGAACGUCCAUUUUCACACUGACAAGAUGCUCGAGACGUUCAAGUUUCCGUCGCCGAUGGCGCCGAAGUCGCUGCUCGACUUUUACGUCGACGCUGCCGACGCCGAGUGCCUCCAGUAUGUGCUGCGCUGCCAGCAGGACCUCCCGAUCCCGCUCGAGUAUGUCGUCCCGGCGAUCCGCGACAACGUCGUUUCGUUCCUGAUUGGCGCGCUCUGGAACUACGAAGAUCGCGAGAUGCAGGAGAACUUCACCGAGCCCCUCGACAUGGAGCUGCUGCAAGAGCCCGACGACCGAAUGCGCUACACGCGCAAUGUGCUCUCGGGCGAAGAGUCCAUCUACUACCUGACCCGCGAGUUCCGCACUCCGAACCGCGUGACCUUUGUGGGCCAAAAUAUCCACGAAGACGAGCUCUUGCCCAAGAGCCAGCGCCAAUGCAACCGCAACUUUUGGUUCGUCCUCGACCGCCUCGGGCCCGCGAUGACGCGCCUCCGUGUGCUCUACACCACGUCGCAUUAUUUUACAGCCAAUGGGUACGUCUCGCUCGACGACGAAGCGCGCUACUGGGGCUGCGACCUCUCGACGACGCAUGACACCAAGAAGGCAGCGGUCUUCCAUCGGCAUGCCACGGACGUUGGCACCGAGUUUGCACGCCUCGGCGCGCAGCAGAUCGCCCUCGGUUUUGGCGGUUGAUAAAGUGAUACUGCAAAACUUGACGGUUACAUGACGUGGCACGACGGCUCGCUUGCGCUGACUGGGAUCGCAGCGUCCGAGACUUUGCGCAUGCUGCGUCGGCGGAUUAGGUUGACGCCUUCGUUGAUUGUUGUUGUUGUCGCGGUGCUAAUUUCACUCUGCUUGGCCGCGAGCGCGCUGCGUGCGCGCGCGAGUUUUGCGUGCAGUUUGAGUUUGAGUUUGACCAUGAGGAAGAGCUUGUACGACG